CGAAAAUUAUCUCAGUGCUGAACGCGAAAAAACCCACGACGGACCUCUCGUCCUAUGCGUGUGCGCGUGUGCGUGAAACCACGUGACCACCUUCUUUCUUUCUAUUCGUGAGUCCCAUCCAAUAGAUUUAACGCGGAAGAGGUGUCAAGGGAAUGGUCGUCGAUUAUCGUCGUCGUUGUCGUGGUCAUCGUCGUCGCCGUCGUCGCCGUCGUCGUCCACUCGACCGUCGAGGACAUUCAGCGAUCGCAAUCGAAAUAACUUCGAUCAUAACACAUCUCUUCUCCCUCGCCUUCUUCCGACGUGCCAUCGCCGUUCCAUCUACAUUCCAACCUCUCCUCGUGACCGCGGAUUUAUAGAUCGUUCCGCGGCGAAAAUCCAGUUGCGGAACAUCCUUGCAUUGAGACGCGCACGAGACUCGCCACUCAGAGUAAAGUAAAAGUGAUUGACUACGAUUAACGCUGAUAUGAGAUUAUCGUGAGAGAAAUUCCGUCUCUCUUCUCGCCGUAUGUUAUUCUCUUCCGCGUGUACAUGUUCCGCGUUGUUUGCCGGAAUGGGAAACUGUACGGGACGUAAUACAAUUUGCGGAACGAAGAAACUUCUGAUAUAUAUUUGUUAGAUAAAUAUAUAUAUUUAUAUACCAAAGAUUCCGGACCAGAAAUUCAUAGGAUACGUGAUGAUCACUCGAACAAAAUUAUGGUGGAAGAUGGUGUGUUCCGGUCAACAGAGAGGUAUAUUGGCCGGACUAGCGGCGCAUUCCAGUCAAAUAUCCGUGGGACUUGGCCAGGGAUUUAGCGCGAUUCUACUUCCGCAAUUAUUGGAGAGCGAGCUAGUCGAUCAAGAGCAAGCCUCUUGGAUCGCUGCGUUGGGAGUUAUCUCGAAUCCUCUGGGAUCCCUGAUCUCUGGCCUUUGCGCGGAAUGGUUUGGAAGAAGAUCGGCCAUCGCUUUGGCUACUUUUCCAUACGCCACCGGAUGGCUGUUGAUAGCUUUGUCGAAGAGAGCCGUGUCCAUGUUGUAUGUGGGCAGAUUCAUCAAUGGUAUCGGUAUAGGAAUGACCAAUGGCAUCUAUCUUUAUGUCAGCGAGACUGCUGCGCCAAAUCAGAGAGCCUGGUUGGGAAGUUGUGGUCCGGUUUUGGUUUCCCUCGGAGUUUUGAUGAUUUACACGUUGGGAGCUUUCACCUCGUGGCAAAGAGCCGCCGCGAUCAGUAUCGGGCCUUCCAUCCUCUCUUUGGCAUUGUCACGCAUAAUCCCAGAAACACCGGCUUGGCUGGUUGCUCGAGGACGGAACGAAGAGGCAAAGGAGUCGUUGCUGUGGCUAAGGGGAUCUGGCUCGAGCACUGACAAGGAGUACGAGGAGCUUUGCGAGGAAAAUGUGAAAAGAGAAAAGGAAAGGGAAAGUCUGUUGAAAGCUCUCCACAUGCCAAGCGUGUGGAAACCUUUCCUCAUCCUGCUCGUUUUCUUCGCGUUCCAACAAAUGUCGGGAAUUUACAUAAUCCUGUUCUACACUGUGAACAUUCUCGAGGACAUCGGUAUCGAGUUGAACGAAUAUUCGGCGAGCGUUGGAAUAGGCGUGAUACGAUUGUUCGCCUCGAUAGCUGGAGCUGGUCUCGCGAACAGUUUCGGUAGAAAAAUUCUGGCCUUCCUCAGCGGCCUAGGAAUGACAGUGUCCGCUGUAGGAGUUGCUCUCGCGUACAGGUUCAAAUUGCCGUAUGUGGUAUCCUUAGCGUGCAUCGGAGGCCACGUGGGUUUCUCUAUGUUAGGAUAUCUCACUUUACCCUGGGUAAUGACCUCUGAGCUAUAUCCGUUAAGGUUCAGGGGUCCACUGGGAGGUAUCACCACCAGCAUAGUGCAAAUGUUGACGUUCGCGAUCAUUAAGAUGUAUCCGAGCCUGCACGACGUGGUCGGGAUCGAAUCCACGAUAUGGAUAUUUGCCGCGGCCUCCACCCUAGGCGCUAUAUUCGCAUUGACGAUUCUACCCGAGACAAGGGGUCGAAGCUUGGACGAGAUCGAAAGAGGAUUUUCCAAGAAGACGUCCGAGUCGAAUUCUUCGACCGACGUCAACGUUCAACCGACUAUCUUCGUUCAACCUAAAAAUAUUACGCUUCAGAGAUUCGCCUCGAUUACGGAAGAGAAACAUCGUAAUAAUAAUAUGAUGACUAACGCGUAUACGUAUGAUAAUUUCUGUUUGGAUUUAACGUCGGAUGGAGAUACGGAAAAAAUGGAAGUUAAAAAGAAUUCCGACACGAAUUGUACGAAUGUUGCCAAUGCCAUCGCGUUAGAAACACGUAUACUUGAUUAAAUACGAUCAAUAAUUCAAUAGACUUUAUUUAUUUUUUUUUUUUUAUUAAAGAAAACAAUCGAUGAUUGUCAAUCAUCGUAUAAUGGAAAUAGACAUUUUCUGAGACUUCACUUGUAUUGUGAUAUCUUAUCGAUAAACGUGUGUAUAUAUAUAUAUAUAUAUAUACGUUAUUAUUAAACAAAUCUUAACUAUUCAAAAUGAAAAAUUCACCAGUAUUACAAAUAUUUCUGUGACUUUGUCGAAUGUGUUCUUAGAAAUGAUGAAAUGAGUAAAUUGUGAAUAUAUUUUUAAUAUGACUAUGGAAGAAUGAUUUCUUUUUCCUCUUUUAACAAUAAUUGUGCAAUUUAAGGAAAUGAUUGUUAAUAUAUUAUAUAACGUAUAGUGCAAAAAUAAAUAGAAUUUUGUUGAACGUUUCAAUUGAA